UAUAAACUAGAUCGCGCAUAUGCGGAUGAUUAAUUAUUGAGGAGUUGAAUGAAUCAUCAAAUCUCAUUCCCGAUUAUAUCCCUGAGAUCCGUAUCCCCCACAGCCAUUUCUCAUUUUUCCACAGGUAACUUAACAAUCGAUAUAACCAUCUACACACAAGAACGAAUACAUCUCAGAAAACCGAAUAUAAAAAUCCAGUGUCUCAUAUUUCCAUGACAUUCUCUCCCUCUCUUCCCCCCGCUUGUCGGCUGCCUCGGCCGCGGUUUCUCGUUGGUUACAGCGCCGGCUAUGACGCCAUAGCCCUAACCCGCCCGAUCUAGAUUUCCCGCCGGCCGUCGCUGGCCGAUUUGGCCUUGAAUUUGCAUCUCUUAACUAUUAUAUAUAAAUAAUUAAUUAUAUAUAACAUGACUCUUAACUUAUCUAUAUAAAUUAUAUCACUGUAUAUUCCCCAGAUAUUUCCCGUAAACUGCAAAAUAAGAAGAUCUUGGCCCAUCAGUCCUACCUUUAACUUAUCUUAUCAUACCUAUAAACCUGCUAGGGAUCUCUUAUACAAUCUGCGCCUGCGAUUCGAUCCUAAAAAAGAAACCCACUUUUGAUCCUCCCCUCGCCUCCAUAAUACUCCCGUUCUCAGCAGCACACCCCAGAGAGUCUAAGAAUCCAAUAUGUCGAAUCCCCGCGUCCUAGUCCUCGGCGGGCACGGCAAGAUAGCCCGCUUCCUAACCCCUCUCCUCCUCAACCGCUCCUGGGACGUAGUCAGCGUAAUCCGCAACCCAGACCAUACCAACGACAUUUUGAAACUGGGUCGGAAUAAGAAGGGCAAGGUCGAAGUGCUGGUCUCCAGUCUCGACGAUGUGAAGAGUGCCGAUGAUGCGAAGGCGAUCGUGGACCGCGCGAAGCCGGAUUAUGUGAUUUGGGCGGCCGGCGCCGGCGGCAAAGGCGGACCCCUCCGCACCUACACCAUCGACCGCGACGCAGCCAAACACUUCAUCACCGCAACCUUCACAAACCCCUCCAUCACCAAAUUCCUCCUAAUCUCCCACAUCGGCAGCCGCCGCAAGCAGCCUCCCUGGCUCUCGCCGGAAACCUGGGAGCGCUUCGAGCACAUCAAUCACGACGUGCUGCCCGAUUACUACCACGCCAAGCUGGCCGCUGACGAGUACUUCACCGUCAUGGCGCGCAAGCGCGCUGUGAUGGAUGAUGAAGCGGAGAGCGCGGGCGGCGGGGCGGGGAAGAAGCGGUUCCAGGCGAUAUUACUGCGGCCCGGCCCGUUGAUGGAUGCGCCUGCGACGUGGAAGGUGGACUUGGGGAAGCCGACGGAGGUUGUCUUGGAAGGAGGCGUGCCGGCGAAUGUGAGUCGGGAGGACGUGGCUCUUGUGGCGGAUCGGUUGUUGGCGCGGGAUGAUACGAGGGGUUGGUUGGAUUUGUUGGGUGGGGAGGAUGAGAUUGAUGAGGCGGUUGAGAUGGUGGUGAGGGAUCGGGUGGAUGCGGUUGAGGGGGAGGACGUGGAUAGGAUGUGUGAGGAGAUUACGUUGUGAGUUUGGGGAUAAAUGGGGUUGGGAUUUGAGGGUGAGAUAUAAAAAAAAAUCCCCGCUCCCCUUUCUUAUCGUUCGAUUUAGGUACAGGAUUCACUCGGUUUCGCGGUUUAUUUAUUUAUAUACUGGAUUUUCCUUCUUCUGUGCUUCGAUCCUUUGGGUUUUUUCUUAUACGCUAUUGUGUUUAAUCUCUCAAUUCGUUGUGCUGAGAUCGCCUUUCUACUCAUAAAUAGUUACAUUGGAAGUCGUAUAAGUAUAACUAUAGCUAGCUAAUAUUGAUUGUAUUAUAACUGUUGGA